GCGAGCGCCGCCGCCGCCGCCCGGACGGGAACGCAGCGCGCGCGGCCAUGGCCUCGGGCCCCGCGGAGGCGGACACGCGGCAGAGGCUGCUGCGCACUGUCAAGAAGGAGGUGAAGCAGAUCAUGGAGGAGGCCGUCACACGGAAGUUUGUCCACGAGGACAGCAGCCACAUCAUCUCCUUCUGUGCGGCUGUGGAGGCCUGCGUCCUGCAUGGGCUGCGGCGGCGGGCGGCUGGCUUUCUGCGCAGCAACAAGAUUGCAGCUCUCUUCAUGAAAGUGGGCAAGAACUUCCCGCCAGCCGAGGAGCUGAGCCACAAGGUGCAGGACCUGGAGCAGCUGAUUGAGAGCACGCGAAAUCAGAUCCAGGGCCUCCAGGAGAAUGUGCGGAAGCUGCCGAAGCUGCCCAGCCUGUCCCCACUGGCCAUCAAGCACCUGUGGAUCCGCACUGCCUUGUUUGAGAAGGUGCUGGACAAAAUUGUGCAUUACCUGGUGGAAAACAGCAGUAAAUACUAUGAGAAGGAAGCCCUCCUAAUGGACCCGGUGGAUGGCCCCAUCCUUGCAUCUUUGUUGGUGGGGCCCUGUGCUCUGGAGUAUACCAAGAUGAAGACUGCAGAUCACUUCUGGACUGAUCCAUCUGCUGAUGAGCUUGUCCAGAGGCACCGCAUCCAUAGCUCGCACCUGCGACAGGACUCACCCACAAAGCGUCCAGCCCUCUGUAUCCAGAAGAGGCAUUCGAGUGGCAGCAUGGAUGAUCGACCAUCCCUUUCUGCCCGUGACUAUGUAGAGUCCCUGCACCAGAACUCCCGGGCCACGCUGCUCUAUGGCAAGAACAAUGUUCUGGUUCAGCCGAGGGAUGAUAUGGAGGCUGUGCCAGGGUACCUGUCCCUGCACCAGACAGCUGACAUCAUGACCUUGAAAUGGACGCCUAACCAGCUGAUGAAUGGGUCGAUGGGGGACCUGGACUAUGAGAGGAGCGUCUACUGGGACUAUGCCAUGACCAUCCGCUUGGAAGAGAUUGUGUACCUGCACUGCCACCAGCAAGUGGACAGCGGCGGGACAGUGGUGUUGGUCAGCCAGGAUGGGAUCCAGAGGCCGCCCUUCCGCUUCCCCAAGGGAGGGCACCUCCUGCAGUUCCUUUCAUGCCUAGAAAACGGGCUGCUCCCUCAUGGGCAGCUGGACCCUCCACUCUGGUCUCAGCGAGGGAAGGGCAAAGUGUUUCCCAAACUGCGCAAGCGAAGCCCUCAGGGUUCUGCUGAGUCCACGUCUUCAGACAAGGAAGAUGACGAGGCCACAGAUUAUGUGUUCAGGAUCAUCUACCCUGGCAUGCAGUCUGAAUUCGUCCCCCAGGACCUUAUGGAUGUCUCCGUGAGCAACCUACCAUCCCUCUGGCAACCCAGUCCCCGGAAAUCCUCCUGCUCAUCCUGUUCACAGAGUGGCUCGGCUGAUGGUGGCUCAUCCAAUGGCUGCAACCAUGAGAGGGCUCCCCUGAAGCUUCUCUGUGACAACAUGAAAUACCAGAUCCUUUCCAGAGCCUUCUAUGGAUGGCUUGCCUACUGCAGACACCUGUCCACUGUGAGGACCCACCUGUCAGCCCUGGUUAAUCACAUGAUCGUGUCUCCAGACUCACCCUGUGAUGCUGGGCAUGGGCUGACGGCCAGGAUCUGGGAGCAGUACCUUCAGGACAGCACAAGAUAUGAGGAGCAGGAGCUGCUACGCCUCAUCUACUAUGGGGGCAUCCAGCCAGAGAUCCGCAAGGCCGUAUGGCCCUUCCUCCUAGGCCACUACCAGUUCGGGAUGACAGAAACAGAAAGGAAGGAGGUGGAUGAGCAGAUUCACGCGUGCUAUGCACAGACCAUGGCUGAAUGGCUGGGCUGCGAGGCAAUCGUGCGGCAGAGGGAGCGGGAGUCCCAUGCAGCUGCCUUGGCUAAAUGCUCAUCAGGGGCCAGCCUGGACAGCCACCUGCACCGGAUGAUGCACCGGGACUCCACCAUCAGCAAUGAGUCCUCCCAGAGCUGCAGUUCCGGCCGCCAGCAUGUCCGCCUGCAGAGUGACUCCAGCAGCAGCACACAGGUGUUUGAGUCUGUGGAUGAAGUGGAACAAGUGGAAGCAGAAGGCAGGUUGGAGGAGAAACAGCCCAAGAUCCCCAAUGGGAACCUGGUGAAUGGCACCUGUUCUCCAGACUCUGGCCAUCCUUCUUCCCACAACUUCUCCUCGGGCCUCUCGGAGCACUCAGAGCCCAGCCUAAGCACAGAGGACAGUGUCAUGGAUGCCCAGCGGAAUGCCCCCCUGGCUCUUCGACCUGGGGACAGCAGCGUGGAUGACGGGCAGAGCAGUGAGGCCACCACCUCCCGGGACGAGGCCCCCCGUGAGGAGCUGGCCGUGCAGGACAGCCUGGAGAGUGAUCUCCUUGCCAAUGAGAGCAUGGAUGAGUUCAUGUCCCUCACUGGCAGCAUGGACGUGGCCCUGCCCGAAAAGGAGGGGGCCGCCAUGGAGGGCUGGGGGGGCAGCGAGGCAGAGAAGCACAGCCAGGUGGACAGUGGGGACAAUCUCUCAGAAGAGCCCGAGAUGGAAAGUCUCUUCCCUGCCCUGGCUUCUCUGGCCGUGGCCACUUCUGCCAACAAUGAGGCGUCCCCUGUGUCUUCCAGCGGCGUCACCUACUCUCACAGGGGUUGCCCUGGAGAAGCCGAUUUGGGAAGGAAGACGCCAGAGCUCCUGGACCUGUACACGGUGAACCUGCACCGCAUCGAGAAGGACGUCCAGAGGUGUGACCGCAACUAUUGGUACUUCACGCCCGCCAACCUGGAGAAGCUGCGCAACAUCAUGUGCAGCUACAUCUGGCAGCACAUUGAGAUCGGCUAUGUCCAGGGCAUGUGUGACCUCCUAGCUCCAUUGCUGGUCAUCCUGGAUGAUGAGGCCCUUGCCUUCAGCUGCUUCACGGAGCUCAUGAAGAGGAUGAACCAGAACUUCCCCCAUGGAGGCGCCAUGGACACACACUUUGCCAACAUGAGGUCACUGAUCCAGAUUCUGGACUCAGAGCUCUUUGAGCUGAUGCAUCAGAAUGGGGACUACACUCACUUCUACUUCUGCUACCGCUGGUUCCUGCUGGAUUUCAAGCGAGAACUCGUCUACGAUGACGUCUUCUCUGUCUGGGAGACCAUCUGGGCAGCCAAGCACGUCUCGUCCGCCCACUAUGUCCUGUUCAUUGCACUGGCUCUGGUCGAGGUCUACCGUGACAUCAUCUUGGAGAACAAUAUGGAUUUCACGGACAUCAUCAAAUUCUUUAACGAAAUGGCCGAGCGACACAACACCAAACACAUCCUGAAGCUGGCCCGGGACCUCGUGUACAAGGUGCAGACACUGAUCGAGAACAAGUGAGGGCCUGCUCACCUGGGCAAUGUCAACCGAGCCACCACCCACCCGUCCAUCCUGCUUUUCCUCCCGGCCACCCCGGGAGCGAGGUCCUGGUGUCUGUUCAUAAGCAUGGACUUCUGUGCUAAGAGAACUACCCCAACUUUGGCCACCAGGCAGGUGGGGUCAGGGGGUUGCCCCUUUGGUUCAGCCUUACGUUUUCCUGUUUGACCAUACGUUUUCCUGUUUGACCAAAGAUUGUCCAAGUCUGGGAUUUCUCCCUUGUUGGAAUUGGGGUGUGUCAGUGGAUGGAGGGAACAUUUUCAUGAGUGGCCUCCAGAAUGGUUGCCUCUCUCUUGUUCUGUCCCAAUCCCUCCAAACUGUUUUGUCAGCUGAGACUUAGGGGAGGGAGGUUUUCUGGGGGGGCGGAAUUAAGUGUAGGAGAGGCCUGUGGGGCUUACCUCUGUACUCUGAGAAGGGCGUUUGGAGAUGUUCCAGAACAUGGCUGGAAGGCUGGCUUGGAGCAGUUUCUGCACCCUGGUACCAUUGACAUUUGGUCUGGGUAAUUCUUAUUUGAGAGGGGCUAUGUGUUGUAGGAUGUUGAGCAGCAUACCUGGCCUCUACCCGCCAGAUGCCAGUAACACCCCCUCCCCAACCCAGUUGAGACAACCCAAAACAUUUCCAGAUAUUGCCAAAUAUCCCCAUUUGAGAACCACUAGCAUAGAGGCGGGGCUACAAAUAUAUCUCUCUCCCCACUUUUUCUUUACUCCUUAUGUCCUAAGACUUCCUUCUGUUCAGAAAAGGCACAAGGGAGUCCACAUCCCUCUUGGGGUCUAGAUUCCAUUUGUUGUAUUCUCUCAUUUUUUUCUCCUCCACCUGACCCCAGGAGAGAUUUCUUUUCUUCUUUUCAAGAGAGGCCUCCCCUUGGAAGGGCAAUGGAGCAUGAGAAAUGUCUAUAGGUGUGAGACAGCUUGAGGAUCCUCUUGGUCCUGCCCAGGCACCUCCCACCCCAGGCCGGGCAGAGGGCAUGUCCCCUUCUUUGGCUCCUAGGGAAGACCUCACCUCUCCUGCACAUUGAGGCUGGUGCUCCAGAAGCUUGGAAGGUGUGUGUUGGUAAAGGCCACUUCUAGAGUGUCCUUCUGAUAGAGCAAUCCUGCCAAUUCUCUUCUGAAGAAUGCACGGGAAUCGAGAGAAACAGAGUCAGAUUGGAAUGCUCAUCCCCAGCAUGGCAGGUAGGGUUUUGGCAAGGUUGGAGACUCAAAGCACAUCAAAGUGUUCAUAGAAAGGAUUCAUUAGUCCUCAGUCCUGAGCAAACCAGGAGGGAGAGGAAUCCCUGCCUGUGGGCUUGUGAGGGCUCUUCCCUUGGCCCUAGUGCCUUUGCUGCAUCCAACCCUCCUAGUCCCUGACAUGGGGCCUCUUGAGCAGGACGGACCUAAAUGACCCUUGCCUCCAAGGAGUGUGCUCCGUGACAGUUGUAUCUCCGCGCUGUGGUCCGUCACCUUCCCAAGAUGGGGGGAAAAUGUGCGAAAGGCCCCUCCAGAUCAAAAUUUACCCAGCUGCUCUGCAAUUCCUUACAGAGGACAUUAUUCUAGCAAGAUCCGGGUCGUAGACCUUCUGAUUCUUAUUUAUUUUUUUCGACAGAGUAGUCACAAAGUACAGCACACAAUCCCUUCUCCGCCUUCUCUCUCAUGGUGUUCCAGAGAAGUGUCCAUGGUUGUGAUUUGGAACAAUUCCUAUUUAUUCAGCUUAAUUGUGCUUAUUUUGGUCCCCGUAUAUUGCGUGCAUCCUUGUGUCCUGGAAUCGAGUGUGUGGGAGUCGUUCUGUCUGUGGAAUGCCCUCCUCCUUUUCUCAGUGUUGCCAACAUAUCUUGUAACUGUUUACUGAAGAGUUGUGUCUAUAUAUGGAGAAAAAAUAUAUAAACAGAGAAAUGUGUGAA